AUGGACAAUGGAAUGUUCUCUAGCUUUAUCAUGAUCAAAAACCUCCUUCUCUUUUUUAUUUCUAUGAACUUCUCCAGUCACUUUGGCUUUUCACAAAUGACAACCAGUUCAGUAAAAGACGAGACCAAUGACAACAUCACAAUAUUUACCAGGAUCCUGGACGGGCUCUUGGAUGGCUAUGACAACAGACUCCGGCCUGGGCUGGGAGAGCGAAUCACUCAGGUGAGGACGGACAUCUAUGUCACCAGCUUCGGCCCGGUGUCCGACACAGAAAUGGAAUAUACCAUAGAUGUGUUUUUCCGACAAAGCUGGAAAGACGAAAGGCUUCGGUUCAAGGGGCCGAUGCAGCGCCUCCCUCUCAACAACCUUCUCGCCAGCAAAAUCUGGACCCCAGACACGUUCUUUCACAACGGGAAAAAGUCCAUCGCGCACAACAUGACUACGCCCAACAAGCUGCUGCGGCUGGAGGACGACGGCACGCUGCUCUACACCAUGCGCUUGACCAUCUCUGCUGAGUGCCCCAUGCAGCUUGAAGACUUCCCAAUGGAUGCACACGCGUGCCCUCUGAAAUUUGGCAGCUAUGCAUACCCUAAUUCUGAGGUUGUCUAUGUCUGGACCAAUGGCUCCACCAAGUCAGUGGUGGUGGCGGAAGAUGGCUCCAGGCUAAACCAGUACCACCUGAUGGGGCAGACAGUGGGCACCGAGAACAUCAGCACCAGCACAGGUGAAUACACAAUCAUGACAGCUCACUUCCACCUGAAAAGGAAAAUUGGGUACUUUGUCAUCCAGACCUACCUGCCCUGCAUAAUGACCGUGAUCUUAUCACAGGUGUCCUUUUGGCUGAACCGAGAAUCAGUCCCAGCCAGGACAGUUUUUGGGGUGACCACGGUGCUGACCAUGACGACCCUCAGCAUCAGCGCGCGGAACUCUCUGCCCAAAGUGGCCUAUGCAACCGCCAUGGACUGGUUCAUAGCCGUGUGCUACGCAUUUGUCUUCUCUGCGCUGAUCGAGUUUGCCACAGUCAACUACUUUACCAAGAGAGGCUGGGCCUGGGAUGGCAAAAAAGCCUCAGAAGCAGCCAAGAUCAAGAAAAAGGAGCGUGAACUCAUACUAAAUAAGUCAACAAAUGCUUUUACUUCUGGGAAGAUGACUCACCCCCCUAACAUCCCAAAGGAACAGACCCCAGCAGGGACUUCAAAUGCAUCUUCAGUCUCAGUAAAACCUUCUGAAGAGAAGACGGCUGAGAGCAAAAAGACUUACAACAGCAUCAGCAAGAUUGACAAAAUGUCCCGAAUUGUAUUCCCAGUCUUGUUUGGCACUUUCAACUUAGUGUACUGGGCGACAUAUUUGAAUAGGGAGCCAGUGAUCAAAGGAGCUGCUUCUGCAAAGAAGUGA